AUGCCUUCGUUCCGCAACAUUGCAGUCCUCGCUGCGGCGAUCGGAGCCACCUACGCGGCUGAGCCUGCGGCAUACGGUGCUGCUCCAGCAGCUUACGAAGCACCUGCCCCGGCAUACACUACGAGCAAGACCACCACCGAAGCUGCUAGGCCUUCAGUGCCAGCCUAUGCCCCGCAAUACGGCUCGAAGUCGGAGGGCGCCGAGGCACCAAAGGAGACCACCUGCACUGAAGAGGAGAACAAGCCCAUCCCAAGCGCUUCUUACAGCCACAUCACCAGCACAACCAUCUCCUUCGGUGCUCUCCUUGCCAACGAGACCACGACGUGGACCAGCAUUCCUUCCAGCUUUGGCUGGGGACCGAAAUACAGCCACACUGAGCGUGAGCACUCGGUGCCAACCCCAAGCUUCGUCACUUACCCCAACGGUCACUCUGUGAGCAUCUCGACCGGCCGCCCUCCCUUCUACACCAAGCCGGCUGAGGAGACCUAUCCCGCUGGUCAUGGCAAGCCAAGCGAGACUUGGCCAGCAAAGGAGACCUACCCAGCGAAGGAGUCUUCUUCUAGCUGGUCUGCUCCAGCGUACAGCAAGCCAAGCGAGAGCUCGCCAGCCGAGGAGACCUACCCAGCAAAGGAGACCUACCCAGCAAAGGAGUCUUCUUCCAGCUGGUCUGCUCCAGCGUACAGCAAGCCAAGCGAGAGCUCGCCAGCCGAGGAGACUUACCCAGCAAAGGAGACCUACCCAGCAAAGGAGACCUACCCAGCGAAGGAGACCUACCCAGCAAAGGAGUCUUCUUCCAGCUGGUCUGCUCCAGCGUACAGCAAGCCAAGCGAGAGCUCGCUAGCCGAGGAGACUUACCCAGCAAAGGAGACCUACCCAGCGAAGGAGACCUACCUAGCAAAGGAGUCUUCUUCUAGCUGGUCUGCUCCAGCGUACAGCAAGCCAAGCGAGAGCUCGCCAGCCGAGGAGACUUACCCAGCAAAGGAGACCUACCCAGCAGAGGAGACCUACCCAGCAAAGGAGUCUUCCGCGAGCUGGUCCGCUCCAGCAUACACCAAGCCAAGCGAGGCACCAAAAAGCCCGGUUUCUGAGGCACCCAAGGCUCCAGAGUACUCCGCACCAGCUGCCAGCUCUUCAUGGGAGGCUCCAAAGUCCCCAGAGACUCCAAAAGCACCUGAGUACCCAAGCUGGUCGGCCUCAGCCUCUGCCUCUACUCCAGCUGCGUGGGCUCCAUCCUACAGCGCUCCUGUCGAGUCUGCUCCAGCAUACACUGCUCCAGCCAGCUCGCCAUACAGCCCUGAGCAGCCAAACACCAAGAGCGUGAAGACCAUCUACAGCACCGUCUACCAAACCAUCCCAUGCUCGCAGUGCAUCGAGACCAAGACCGCCACUUGGGCUGCUCCAUAUGGCUCUGCCCCAACAUACAGCGCCCCAGCCGGCUCAUCCCCAGUCAGCCCCGCCCAACCAUCCAAGUCCGCUCCAGCGUACGGUGGAGAGCAGGGCUGGAGCUCAUCCUCCACCGCCGUCACUGCCAGCACCGCCUACGUUCAACCAGUCCCAGUCGCCAGCUCUUCCGCAUCCUGGGCCAAGCCAAUGCCAUCCGCAAGCAUGCCAUACGGCUACGGGAACUCCACUGGUUCCGGCGCCGCUUCACCUUCUGGAACUGGCUCGUGGAACAGCCCAUCUGGCCCAGAGGCUUACACUGGCGCUGCGAGCAUGAACUCUUUCUCUGCUCUUGCUCUUGCUAUCUGCGGUAUGGCUAUGUUUAUUCUUGUUUAG